AUGAACACAUCAUUUCUUGGGCUAAAAUCCAUACUAGUACACCCAAAUUUCCUGCUAUAGGGAGUAAUAUUUUAGGUAAAGAUUACCCAAAAUCUUUUUAGUAGGAUAGUUUUUCAAAUUCUCCCACUACUCUUGGCUCCCAAGACUUUUGGCCCCUUUGACUCUCAAUUUUUAACCAAAAAAGUCACUUAUUACCCUUUUUCUUGAUACUCAACUGUCCCUCUAUUUUCUCUUAUAUAAUCCAUCUUUCCUUAAACCAUUCCAACACUUUACUCCAAACGUCUCACAAGAACACACAGACACACACACUUUACAAGGCAUUGAGAGAUUAUGGCACCUGAAUUUCAGAAGAGCACCAUGUACGUCUCAAAUGAACUCGAAAAUGGAGACGUUCAAAAAAACUUCGAUGAUGAUGGACGUGAAAAAAGAACAGGAACGUUGUUGACUGCAAGUGCACAUAUUAUUACUGCUGUGAUUGGUUCAGGAGUGCUUUCUCUAGCAUGGGCAAUAGCUCAAUUAGGAUGGGUGGCUGGUCCUGCUGUUCUCUUUGCUUUUUCUUUCAUUACAUAUUUCACUUCUACAUUUCUUGCUGACAGUUACCGUUCUCCGGGCCCAAUCUCCGGCAAGAGAAACUAUACUUACAUGGACGUUGUUCGUUCUCACUUAGGAGGUGUGAAGGUGACACUCUGUGGAGUUGCACAAUAUGCCAAUCUAGUAGGAGUUACCAUUGGAUAUACUAUUACAGCAUCAAUUAGUAUGGUGGCAGUAAGGAGGUCAAAUUGCUUUCACAAAAAUGGCCACCAAGCAAGCUGCUCAAUUGAGAGCUACCCAUAUAUGAUUAUAUUUGCAGUAAUUCAAAUAAUUCUUAGCCAAAUACCAAACUUCCACAAGCUCUCAUGGUUAUCAAUUCUUGCUGCUGUUAUGUCUUUUGCUUAUGCUUCUAUUGGUCUUGGACUCUCCAUAGCCAAAGCUGCAGGUGUGGGGCACCAUGUGAAGACAACCCUAACAGGGGUGGUAGUAGGGGUGGAUGUGUCUGGAACAGAGAAAGUAUGGAGAAGUUUCCAAGCCAUUGGAGAUAUUGCAUUUGCUUAUGCUUAUUCCACCGUUCUCAUUGAAAUACAGGACACACUGAGAUCAUCACCUCCAGAAAGCAAGGUAAUGAAGAGAGCAUCACUAGCUGGAGUGUCCACCACAACCUUAUUCUAUGUACUAUGUGGUACCAUUGGCUAUGCAGCCUUUGGAAACAAUGCUCCAGGGAACUUCCUCACUGGUUUUGGUUUCUACGAACCUUUUUGGCUAAUCGACUUCGCCAACGUCUGCAUCGCCAUCCACCUUAUCGGAGCUUACCAGGUCUUCUGCCAACCUUUAUACGGAUUCGUGGAAGCUCGUUGCAAUCAGAGAUGGCCAGACAGCAAAUUCAUCACCUCUGAAUACGCUGUACAAGUUCCCUGCUAUGGCGCUUACAACGUCAACAUGUUCAGGUUGGUGUGGAGAACAGCAUAUGUUGUAGUAACAGCGGUGAUAGCAAUGAUAUUCCCUUUCUUCAAUGACUUCUUGGGUCUGAUCGGGGCAGCAUCGUUCUAUCCAUUAACCGUUUACUUCCCAAUAGAGAUGCACAUUGCCCAGAGAAAGAUACCAAAGUAUUCUUUCACAUGGGUAUGGCUGAAAAUAUUGAGCUGGACUUGCCUGAUCGUAUCACUCGUUGCAGCUGCUGGAUCGAUUCAGGGUCUUGCAGCUGAUGUCAAGCAUUACAAGCCUUUCUCAACUCAACAAUAAGUGUUCAGAUCAAUUGUUCAAAUUAAAUAUGUAAUGUUUUCAAUAAGAAGUGUAAUCCAAGCUGAAUGGUUGUAUGUUAUUCUUAUAAAUUUUAUACAGUAUGCUUCUUUUACAACUA